UGGAUCAUCCCCGCCGCAUGUAACUUUGUGGCUACUCCGACUCCAAACUGAAAUACGCGCCUCUCUCUCGAUCUCUGACCAAUCAAAAAUGCCCAUCUCCGACGCGGGAACUGCUUCCAGGGUUCCGUUUGCUAUUCCUUCUCUUCCAAGUCGCCAGGUUGCAACUGCCUGCAAAUAUUUGCCAUUGAAUUCUUAUGGGAAUUUGAGUACCCCAAAAUGGGCUGCAUCUCAUUUGUCAAGAAAUCUCAAACUUGUGGCAAGUUCGGCUUCCGGGGACGACACUUCGGUUGCCUUUGAUGUGUCAAUUCCUAGAGACUAUGAUGAACUCCUUGAACAAGCCAGUAAAGCAACUCAAUUGGCUUUGAAGGAUAACAAACAGUUGAUGGAGAUCGAGUUUCCUACUGCUGGACUUGACUCUGUACCAGGAGACGGUGAAGGAGGAAUAGAAAUGACUGGAAGUAUACAGCUCAUUCGAGAAUUUUGUGACAUCUUAAUAUCUCCAGAGAAAGCCACGCGGACCAGAAUAUUUUUUCCUGAGGCCAAUGAAGUUGAAUUUGCAAGGAAAUCAUCAUUCGAAGGAGCGUCCUUCAAGCUGGACUAUCUGACUAAGCCAUCAUUUUUCGAGGAUUUUGGUUUUACUGAGAAAGUGAAAAUGACGGACCGUGUGAAGCCAGAAGAUGAACUAUUCUUGGCUGCGUAUCCAUAUUUUAAUGUCUCCGAAAUGCUUGUAGUCGAAGAGCUGUACAGAGAAGCUGUUGUGAACACUUCCAGAAAGCUAAUUAUUUUCAACGGAGAACUUGACCGAAUAAGAUCUGGGUAUUAUCCAUCUUUCUUCUACCCAAAGCUCGCUGCACUUUUGAAGACCCUGUUUCCAAGUAUGGAGACUGUAUACUACAUUCACAAUUUUAAAGGACGCUCUGGAGGGACCCUUUUCAGGUGCUACCCAGGUCCAUGGAAAGUCUUCAGAAAAGUGAGGAAUAGAUACAUUUGUUUGCAUCAGCAGGAAGCUAUGCCAUCUCUCAAGGAAGUUGCCUUGGAAAUUCUUCCAGGUAAACUCUAGCACAAAUCGGCCAAAAUUCUAUUAAAUACAAUAAACGUGUACGGCUCUUGUAUUGAGGCACUUCAGCUAUUAAGAAUGAUUAUGAAAGUUUCAUAGGAGGGAAACGUAAUGGAUGAAUACUAAUUCGUGAAUUUGUACAUGGAAUAGCUCAAUGUUGGAAUAAUAUCUCUAGCACACAUUGUAGAAGACUAGAAGUUGUAUCGAGGUAGCAAGCCAAGAGAUUGUCAAAAAAUGCCCUCUUGAGCAAAGAAGAGCUAUAAUUUGGGUACGAUGUGUGCUUCUUAAAAUACUCCAAUGAAAGCUUCCUAGGUUUACAGGACAGGACUAAUGGGAUUUAUGUGACGAGUACCAUGUAUUUUGAUGUGGAUCCCAAGUCGUUCCAUCAAGAGGUUCGAAAAGUUAUUAACGGAAUUAUGUGUUGAAGCUUA